AUGCCAACAAAUGGGAUCCACCAGGUCUUGAAGAUCCAGUUUGGUUUAAUCAAUUCAGAUAACCGGUACCUGACAGCAGAGAGCUUUGGCUACAAGGUGAACGCUUCAGCGCCUAGCCUGAAAAGGAAGCAAAUAUGGACCCUGGAGCAGGAUGGAGACAGCUCUGUGGUCUUCUUGAAGAGCCACCUAGGUAGGUACUUAUCUGCCGACAAGGACGGCAAAGUUUCCUGCGAGGCUGAGAAGCCUGGAAGUGAUGGGCGUUUUGUAAUUGUCACUCAGUCAGAUGGGCGCUGGGCUCUCCAGUCAGAACCAUACAAGCGUUUCUUUGGAGGCUCUGAAGACAGGUUGUCCUGCUUUGCCCAAACCAUCACUGAAGUUGAGCUCUGGGCUGUACACUUGGCCAUCCACCCCCAAGCAAAUCUUCUGAGCGUUAGCAGGAGAAGAUAUGCACACCUCAGUGCCCAAGAGGAUGAGAUCUCCACCGACAGCAACAUCCCCUGGGGGGUGGACUCACUCAUCACACUUACCUUCCAGAACAAGAAGUACUGCUUGCGAACCUGUGACAACCGCUACCUGCGUAAUGAUGGUACCCUGGUCAAGGAACCCGAUUCCCGUGCAGGCUACACCUUGGAAUUCAAGGCAGGCAAGCUGGCCUUCAAGGAUUGCGAUGGGAAGUACCUGGCACCAAUGGGACCUACUGGCACUCUAAAAUCUGGCAGGAGCUCCAAGCCAGGCAAAGAUGAACUCUUUGAUCUGGAAGAGAGCCACCCACAAGUAGUUUUCAUGGCCUCCAAUGGCAGAUAUGUCUCCAUCCGGCAAGGUGUCAACGUCUCAGCCAAUCAGGAUGAAGAGACACACCAUGAAACCUUCCAGAUGCAGAUUGACAAAGAAACCAAGAAGUGUAUCUUCCAUUCCAACACAGGCAACUACUGGACUUUGGUAUCACAUGGGGGGAUUCAAGCCAUAGCUACUGAAGUAUCUGCCAACACCAUGUUUGACAUUGAGUGGCGUGGCCGCCGCAUAGCCCUCAAAGCUGGCAAUGGCAAAUAUAUCUGCACCAAGAAGAAUGGACAACUGGCUGCCGUCAGUGACGCAGUGGGGGAGGGUGAGGAAUUUGUUCUCAAACUGAUCAACCGGCCCAUCCUUGUUCUUCGUGGGACCCAUGGCUUCGUGUGCUACCAUCGCAACUCCAACUUGUUGGAUGCCAACCGUUCUGUCUAUGAUGUCUUUCAUAUCAUCUUCAACGAUGGUGGUUAUCAGAUCAAAGGCCUUGGUGGCAAGUUCUGGUACGUGGCCAGCAAUGGCACCGUGUGCAGCGAUGGUGAGAUGUCUGAGGAUUUCUUCCUUGAGUUCCGUGAGUGCAGCCGCGUGGCCAUCAAAGGAAAGAACGGCAAAUACCUCCGAGGAGACCAAGCUGGAACCCUCCGUGCUGAUGCUGACACCUUGCAUCGGGCCACCCUCUGGGAAUACUGAGCACCGCUGAACCCCUGCCUGCCAUGUAGCACCUUAGAAAUGCUCUAGGGCCCCAUCCAUGGGGGUCAAGCCAGCUCAGGGUGGACACAGAGGUGGAGUAGGAGGGGACACAUAGUGGCUCCCCACAUGGACUCCAGCAAUGUUUGUAAUAUUCCCAGCACCUUCCACAAAGGAGGGGUGUUCCUUCUUGUUCUGAUCCCUAUAGUCAUCUCUCUUUUAGAAGCCGCUCCCAAAUAAACCUCCUGGGAGGGGGGUAAUUUAGGAUUAAAGCAUUAGAAACCCCAUGUCAGAGCCAACACAAUAUGCCUACGUCUUGCUUCUCUGCCCGCCCCCACCACCUGCCCCACCUCCUGGAAGUGUCAUGUGUUACGAAGCUGCCUGUUUCCCCCUUGAUGCUGUUGAAGCUCCUGAUAAUUUGCUGUGACACAUAGGUGUCAUCUGCUCUGCACCUCAGACAAGGGAGGCAGGGGGGAGUAGGACACUUACAGGUUCCAGGAAGUGUUGUCAGGGUGGGAAUUCAACUUGCGCUGUAGCCUGGAGGAUUCAGAGCCUGACUAAAACUGC